GGGGAGUGGAGGGGGCAGGGCCACAGCCUACUGUUGCGCUACAAAGUACCGGCCUGCUGGGCUUCUAGCAAUCAGCACUGCUUCAGAGGAGAGUCUCCCGGCCGCGGAAGUAGCCCCAAACCUGUCCAGUCAUGGCCCUCCUCCGAGGUGUGUACAUAGUUGCUGCCAAGAGGACACCCUUUGGGGCCUUUGGAGGUUUACUGAAGGAUUUCUCCGCCACUGACCUAACUGAACUGGCUGCAAAGGCUGCCCUGUCUGCUGGCAAAGUUCCUCCAGAAAUUGUUGACAGUGUGAUUGUGGGCAAUGUCAUGCAGAGUUCUGUAGAUGCUCCCUACCUGGCAAGGCAUGUUGGUUUACGUGUGGGAGUCCCUCAGGCCACCCCGGCUCUGACUCUUAACAGACUCUGUGGCUCUGGCUUCCAGUCCAUCGUCAGUGGAUGUCAGGUAUGGAAAUAUCUGGGGUUUGAGUUUGUGGAAGGACAGUACCACCUCGGAGCUUUAGCUCAUGAUGCUGGCCACUUUAACAGUGAAAUGGCCCCAAUUGAAGUGAAAGUAAAAAAAGUAAAACAGAUGAUGCAGGUGGAUGAACAUCCCCGGCCCCAAACAACAUUGGAACAACUGGCUAAACUCCCUCCAGUCUUCAAGAAACAAGGAACCGUCACUGCAGGAAAUGCUUCAGGAGUGUGUGAUGGAGCUGGGGCAGUGAUCAUAGCCAGCGAGGAUGCUGUUAAAAAGCAUAGUUUGACCCCUCUUGCCAGAAUUGUGGGAUACUUUGCAUCUGGAUGUGACCCCACUAUCAUGGGCAUUGGUCCUGUUCCUGCCAUCAAGGGAGCACUAAAAAAAGCAGGGCUGAGCCUGAAGGACAUGGAUUUGGUGGAGGUGAAUGAAGCUUUUGCUGCACAGUAUCUUGCAGUAGAAGACUCUUUGGGCCUGGACCCAAGCAAAACCAACACGAAUGGAGGAGCCAUUGCCCUGGGCCACCCAUUGGGAGCCUCCGGAACACGAAUCACUGCUCAUCUAGUUCAUGAAUUAAGACGUCGAGGUGGAAAGUAUGCUGUUGGAUCAGCUUGCAUUGGUGGUGGCCAGGGUAUCGCUGUCAUCAUUGAGAACACGGCCUGAAGACCCAAGGACAUGACAAUUAGAGGCCUUAGCCUGUAAACAUUUAUUUGGUAAAUUGUGUAAAAGUAAAAAAAAUAGAACUUUUGCAUAAAUUUCUGACACUGACCCCAUGUUACCAAAGAAACUUUCACUGUACCAGGGGUUGGGGGUAGGCAGGGGAGACAAAGUUGGGUUCCAAGGACACUAAAGCAAAAAUAUCCACUCAUACAGAAUGUGUGCCCAUCCUAAAAACAAAACCAUUUUUCCAAGUUUGGCACCAGUAGCAUAAGAUAUAUUUCAUUAGCCAAAAUUCAACUAAGGAAACUUGGCAAAAGUAGGAUUCCUACCCUAUAACCACCAAAUAGACCUUUUUGCCUUAUUGCAUAAUUGCAAAGCCUUCUUACCUUGUUGCCUUAAUUCUCUAAUGUUCCUUGGCUCACUCCCCUCAUAAAAAAUAAUUCCUAAUUUUGUUGCAGUCAGAAGGCUUUCACUGCAUAUUUUUGAAACUGCAUUUGUUGUAUAUUAAGUGCAUUUCAUAGAUCCUUGUAACAAAAAUUAUUAUAAAAUAUCAAUAAAAAGUCAUCUCAAUUUCAUGUUACUA